AUGAGCCCACCUGUCGGAGCAGACCCAGACCCCGACACGUCCACACCACCCGAUUCGCCGCCCGCCGCACCAGCCGUCACCGCGGCGACGCAACCGCCCAGCCCUACUAAAACCCCAGCCAUCGCCACCUCGGCGUCCGAGCCCACCACCCCAGCCGAGCCUUCAUCCUUCUCCUCCUCGCCGUCCCUGACUCGCGGCGCCACCACCGCCACCGCCUCCGCAUCCGCUUACGGCCUACAGGCCCCGUCCGCGACCGCGACCGCCCCAGGGCCCAGUGUUACUCAAACAGAGUCAAAGAUGUCGCGCCGAGGACUGAUGGAGCAGGACCUGAGCAAGCUCGACGUCACGCAGCUGCACCCUCUGUCGCCAGAGGUGAUUUCACGCCAGGCGACGAUCAACAUCGGUACCAUUGGACAUGUGGCCCAUGGGAAGUCUACAGUUGUCAAAGCAAUCUCAGGUGUACAGGGGCACGACAUUCUCAUGGCUACAAUGCUUAAUGGAGCGGCUAUCAUGGAUGGAGCACUGCUUCUGAUUGCAGCAAAUGAGAGCUGCCCACAACCCCAGACAUCUGAGCACCUUGCAGCUGUUGAGAUUAUGCGUCUUCAACAUAUUAUCAUUCUGCAGAACAAGAUUGAUCUUAUCCAGGAAAGUGCAGCAAUGAACCAGCAUGAAGCAAUCCAAAAAUUUAUACAGGGAACAAUAGCUCAGGGUGCUCCUGUGGUGCCAAUCUCAGCACAGCUGAAGUACAACAUUGAUGUUAUCUGUGAGUACAUUGUGAAAAAGAUUCCUAUACCAGAGAGGAAUUUCACCUCUCCACCCAACAUGAUUGUUAUUCGCUCGUUUGAUGUGAACAAACCUGGUUCAGAGGUUAAUGAUAUCAAGGGUGGAGUAGCAGGUGGCAGUAUCCUCAAGGGAGUCCUGAGGGUGAACCAGAAAAUCGAAGUGCGCCCAGGCAUUGUGAUGAAGGAAGAAAGUGGCAGAAUUAAGUGCACACCCAUCUACACCAGGAUCGUGUCCCUGUAUGCUGAGCAGAAUGAGCUCCAGUUUGCCAUUCCUGGGGGCCUAAUUGGAGUUGGAACUACCAUGGACCCGACACUGACUCGUGCUGAUAGGCUGGUCGGUGAACUUCUUCCUCCUCCGGAGGCUACUGGGCGUGAGGCGGUGAGGACAAGUGGAACCGAAAGGGCAAGCAGGGUCUCAAAGCUCGCCAAGGGUGAGAUCCUGAUGCUUAACAUUGGGUCGAUGUCUACAGGAGCAAAAGUUGUCGCUGUCAAGAAUGAUCUUGCUAAGCCAGCGCUCACGGCUCCAGUAUGCACCAACAAGCUCGAGAAGCUGGCCCUCAGCCGGCGCAUUGAGAAGCAUUGGCGUCUCAUUGGCUGGGGCACGAUCCAGGCUGGCAUUACACUCGACGUCCCACCCUGCCCGCUCUAA